UCCUCAAAAGUAGCCCCGCAUCCACGGAGGAGAGGCAGCAACUCGAGAGGGGGGAUAUACGGGCGAUUUUUGGGGAGGAAGGUGUGGUUGGUUGACUUGACACAGGCGGGAGGGAGAUUUACUGGAGAAGGAAGAUUGAAAAGAGACCCGAUAAAGAAGUGGGGAAGAGUUGGAGAGAAGGGUUACAGGCAAGGUAUGAAUUCUUAUUUCGCAAACCCGUCGCUCUCCUGCCAUUUGUCCGGUGGUCAAGAGGUUCUGCCCAACGUCCCCCUAAACUCCACCACCUAUGACACAGUCAGACAUUUUUCGUCGUACGGCGCCGCUGUGACCCAGAAUCGGAUAUAUGCCCCUUUCUAUUCCCCUCAGGAGAAUGUGGUGUUCGGCUCCGGCAGGGCGCAGUAUGAGUAUGGAUCCAACGUGUUCCUCCAGGAUAAAGACGUCCUGCCAAGCUGCAGGCAGACAAACAUGGGACUCGGCUCGCAGAGCCACAUUGCCCAGGAGUACAGUCUGGAUCAGGGGAGGGCAGGAGCCCAGGAGCAGAAGAGCAAUAUUCCGAUCUACCCGUGGAUGCAGCGCAUGAACUCACACAGCGCAGGAGUUGGCUACGGGACAGAUAGACGCAGAGGACGUCAGAUCUACUCUCGCUACCAAACACUGGAACUGGAGAAAGAGUUCCACUUCAACCGCUACCUGACCAGGCGCAGACGCAUAGAGAUCGCCAACGCGCUGUGCUUGACAGAGCGGCAGAUCAAGAUCUGGUUCCAGAACCGGCGCAUGAAAUGGAAGAAGGAGAGCAACCUGACCUCCACGGUGACUGGAAGUGAACAGACAGGAGCUGCUCAGGAGGAGGAACGGAGUGGAAGCGCAGUGGAAGAAGGGAAGGAUGAACACAAGAAAAAGGAAUAGCUGGAAAGUAUUGCGCACAUGUGUGCGUGGAAGUGGAGAGGAGGAGGUCAUUUCUUGACCAUGAAAGUCCAACAUAACUACCUAUAAAAAAAAUCUAUGAAGACUUGACUUUACUGCAUGAUGGUUAUACCCGCUGCUCUUUAACUCAUCUUGACCACAGCAGCUGUGGAGCACUAAAUAUUCAAAACAUUAUUCCAUCAAAGAUUGGUCUCUGUGACAUUUGGAGCACUGAGGUGUUUGUUUGAUCAAUAAUAAUAAUAUCAAUGUCUCAAAUGUAUUGUGAAAAUAAUAAAAACAAGAAGUGUUAUUUUCCUGGGUUCUUUUUCCCAAACACCAGGCAAAAAGUCUGUAUUUACCCACAGCCAAUUCCUCACUGUGAACUCUUUAAUCACCUCACCAAAUACAGUGUUGGUUUGACUUUGCUCAUUGUUGUACAUGCACAUUCCACGGCGUUCCACGGAACACAAUGUAAACUAGUACUUGAAUUGUCCACGUAUUAAAAAAAGAGAAAAAAAAUAAGUUGCACGGUCAACUGAUGAGCUUGUAUAUAUCAAAUAAAAGAAGCAUAACUACAUAUUAUGCAAAUCCCGUGCUGUGCAUUUAGCCGCUUGGUUAUGGCGCAGCAUACCGUCAAAGAAAAGCGCCACUUCUUUUUAAAUCAUUUGACAAUAUGCAUUUUUUUGUUGUGAAACAGAUUUGUACACUAGUAAUUCUUCACUUUUUUGAGUGUUAUGAUUUUUUGUUUUGUCAUAUUUGUGUAUCAGUGAAUAAAAUCU